AUGCCAUUCACCUACACAGAUCUUGCCACGCCGGAGUCUAUCCGACUGAUCCAGGUGAUGCCAGAGAAGAUUGAUAACGUCAUCGCUUUGACCAUCCACACGUACGACGCACAAGAGCUCCAACAAGCAGGCCAUAACACUAGCUAUCGCGCCCUGUCGUACCGCUGGGGAAAUCCUGAAAGCAAGACACCACACGUCUAUUUGAGGGACGCCGAAAAGGCCAAGUGGCACCUACAUCCAGUUCACGAGAACUUGUGGCAGUUUAUCAACCAUGUGUGGCAAUGUCAGUGGUUUGAUGACCUUUUCUGGACAGAUUAUUUUUGCCUAAACCAGAGUUCCGCCGAGGAGAAGAGUCAGCAAAUUCCCAGGAUGGGUAUCAUCUAUUCUGGAGCCGCAGAAGUCAUCAUCUGGCUUGGGCUCUCCGAAGAUGAGGAGCGUCAGAUCGAAUUCUUUCUUGAACAUCUCAAGAAGAACGGCACGUGUUACGGACCAGAGGAUGAUGAAACAACUCAAAUAAUUGAAGGCACUGUUACAGCUCUGUGCAAGAAUCCAUACUGGUCUCGCCUCUGGAUCAUCCAAGAAGUCACAUUGGCAAAGAGAGCCGUGGUCAUGAUGCGUUCUCGCCGUAUCGAUUUUGAGGAUCUUGAGUCCGCAACUCUUAAGUCCAGGGGAGGAUGGCCUGAUUUCGACCCCCCUUCUCUCAGCGAUCUCCGGUACUUGAGGCUCCAACAAAACAACCGACAAUUAGGAACGCUGCUGAAGACCCAUGUGGCAAGAAACUAUCAAUGCAGAGAGCCGAAUGACCGAGUCUUUGGUUUGAUCGGGCUGUUGGAUCCACCCAAUGACUUUCUACGUGUGGACUACACAAGGGCGUACAGCCACGUCAUUCUGGACGCAAUAUUGGAAUCAGGCGCAGAUAUGUCACACCAAAAUUUGCCAGGAGUCCUCGAUAGCCUCGCUCAAGGAGAUCCACCACUCAGACUCACCACAAAUCCCAAUGAGCUUGAGGAGUACUUAAGCGAUCAACGGACGAGCCAGCGGCAUAGGGAGCUUGCGAGCGCGGCUUUACAAGCCUUUGACUCUAUGAGUUUGAUCAUGACUGUCGAAAGCGCCCCUCAAUCUCGCUCGCACAUCAACAAGACACACUUUGAACUGUGUGAUAAUAGGGCUCUGGGUGUACAGAACGGAGCUGCCUUUCUUGGAUUCUCCCUCGUGUUCGGGUCGUCUGAGGACUGGGCAUCGAGCUUGCUUCAGAACUGGGAGACUUGGCGACAACAUAAGCUUCAAACGCAACCGGGGCUGUCUCGAUGGCGAUGUGUAGCGCAUCAAACGGAAGAACACAUGUCAAAUUACACUCGCCAGUAUCGCGGAGAACCCUCAAGGGAGGACUACAUGGAAGAGUUCCAGCGCGUUUAUAUGCGAAGCUUCUGUCAUUUCCCUCUCCAGGAUGCUUUCAUCAAGUGUUGGCAACGAGAGUGGACACGGCGGCACGGAGGUAGUUUCCCCAUGGAAGAGUAUAUGCACGCCUACACUUUAUUUCGAACGAAGAAGUCGAAUCAUCAUGCUUUUAUUCGCAGCCAAAGGGCUCCAGCAAACCAAGGCCGCGAGACGGCGCUACCUCGUGACAGCAGCUGGAAUCCUGAGGAUAUCAAGAAAGCAUGUGGGAAAGCGAAUGAGGACUGUGACGGGUCAGGCAUGAUUUUGGAGAUUCCUCACACUUCUUUCCGGUUGAUUGUUUCUGAAGGACGAAAGAUGCGGCUCGACUUAAACCUGGGUUGA